AUGCAUGUGAGCAGCACAGGAACGGCAUGUGCAUGUGUGGUGGGAGUCCUGGAGUCGGAGGAGAAGGAGUGUGUGGUGUGUGGAGUGCAGGUGUUCCAGCACCGCCUGCGCUCCUCUCGUGGGGAUCUGCGACCCACCUGUGUGGUGGGGAGCACGCGGCCGGAACUGGCCACGGAACCCCGCCCCUUUCCGUUAGCAGACCCGCCCCCUGGAGAUGAUUUCUCGCCCUCAUUGGCCAGUGUCCCGGAGCGGAAGGGGCUGGGCCGCAAACACGUGAUUCAGGCCCAGACGUUCUCCGUCUUGACGACCGCGCCUGCGGACGUCGUGCAGCUGUCCGCCCUCAGGGACCCGCGGUCGGGAGGAGAGAGCCCUGGCGGUCCCCAGGGCGGGGCGGGCAAGACCGCCGCUCGGCGCCGAGAGCGGCUGCUCCCGCCGCGGCAGUCCGGAGGAGACCGGAGAGACGGCCUCCGCGGGCCGGUGCGAGGGGCGCAGUCUGGGGCCACCGACGGCUUGGAGGGGCCGGAAGCGGAGAAGCGGCUCGGGGACGGGGUCUCCCGGGCUGCCGGCUGCUGGAGCGAGAGAGUAGCAGACACGGUUGAGCCCGAGCGUUCGGGGCGCGUCCGUCGGCUUGGGUUGCCGGGAGCUGAUUCCUGCCGCGGCCCCGCGGAGAAUCGCGCACCGGGAGGCGCUCUCGCGGGCGACGCCGGCGUGCGCCGGGAUGAGCAGAGGUUCCGUGAAGGCGAAGGCAAGCGCGUGGCAAAGCUUCCUUCCGGGAACGGACUCUUCCGGAGGGGCGGAGGAGGCUCGGAGGGCGGUUUGGCCUCGCAGGUGAGGUGGCUGUCCGAAGCGCCCGCAGAGCCCAGGCCAGGAAGGACGGGUUCCCGGGACGCGCGGGGGUGUCAGCCCGGCCUCCCCAUGAACCGGCCGUUUCUCACCGGGCGUUUCCUAGCCAGGCUGUGUCCUCCAGUCUCCCCCGCGCUGGGAGCCCUGGCCGGUGGGUGUGGUGCGGACGCUCUGUGUCACCACCAGGCCGGAUCCCUUGCUCUCUUCCCCGUGUACCUGCUGGGCGUUGCUGUGCAGGGCAACCUGGGACCAGCCUGAGGCGGGCAGGCCUUUCGUCAGCCUCUGAGUAGUGGUGUGUAGCAGAGUCUUCCUCUCAGCCAAGUGAGCGAGGGUUCGACUUCUGUCGGGCUAAGCUUUGAGGGUGUCGGGAUUUGUCUGUUACCGCCGCCGGCCUGACCUAGUGCCUAGUGCCGACCCGCAAACCCCAGGGCUACAAGUAGCUUAUGGUUCGAUGGGUUGUCGCUGAGGUUUUUACCUUGGGUUAGCAUUAUGGUUUCCCUUCUUACCUUUCUUAACCAAGAAAAAAUCCGAUUAAAAAAAAAACACACA